UUUGUUGACGUUGCCGUGCGCACGCCGGAAACAGCAGAAACAGCUCACAUCGAUAACUCGUGUACUGUUCGCAAAGGCACAAGGUGCGCGAUAGACUUUGCCGCUUCUGGCACAUCCGAUCUAAAGAACCACAACGGUACUUGGACGGCAAGAAGCGCAUUCAUCGUCCGGAACGCCGCCCUCUUUUUAUGGCGAUGGUGUUUGAAGAACUGCACAUUUCUGCCAGGUUUUAAUCCCUCGGCGAAUUAGACGAGCACGUAAAUUUAGUCCCUCAAAUGCACGAGAUGGACGGCUCCAUACCACUUCUCGGUCCCGCCGUGGGUAUUAUGUUGUCCUCUACGAUAAGCACGAACUCAACAAACCUGACCGAAUUUGCUCAGUCUGUGCUCGAAAAGAUACCUGGCUUCGUAGACUUUCAGCAGCUUAUCAUGAAAGCCACAGGGUUUGAUAUCCUGUAUCUUGCGCUCGGCAUCUUAGUGUUCGAUGUUUUGCGACUCGUCUUCAAGCACCUCUACGACAUAGUUGAUAGAUUCUUGGUCACUUUCUUGAUGAGUGACAUUUGUAUUGACGCAAAUGACGAGAUAAGAGACGAAGUCCUUGCAUGGUUUGCUUCACGCAGCAAUAAGAAGCUAGGCGCUAGAUCAGUCAUGAUCUUCUCUGGCGCAAUGCAACAGAGAAGACUGCGAUAUCCACUUCUUGAGGACCGGAUGCAGGUGCGCGAUGACCGAGACACAGAGAUCAAUUUCAUUCCAAGCCUAGGCCGUCACUACUUCUUUCCGCUAGGUUGGAGACCGUUUAUCUUCGAGCGCGAAUGCAAAGGUUUCAUGCCGCGGAGGGAUCAGCAGGCGAGUCAAGAUAUCACGAUUCGCUGUUUUGGCUGGAGUGAUGAACCCUUACGUGACUUCAUUCUACUGUGCAAGGAGUUCAAGAAAGAGCAGAUCAAGGGACGGACAUUAACGUAUACGUACAGCAGUAACCCCACGAACUAUUUCGAAGGAGGUAGUUGGGGAACACCCUAUGCGGCACCAAUCCGGCCAUUAGCGACGGUAGAACUUGACCAGCAUAUUAUGGACGAGAUCAUGGAGGAUAUCGCACAACACCUUGAUCCAAAGACAGCCGAAUUCUAUAAGAAUAUUGGUAUACCUUGGCGACGUGGAUAUCUUUUCCACGGACCUCCAGGUACAGGUAAAUCAUCACUUUCUAAAGCACUUGCAGGCCAGUUUGACCUCGCUUUAUACUGCAUGAACAUUGGUGAAGAAGGAAUCGGCGACAGAGACCUUCAUACAGCCUUCAACGCGUUGCCAUCGAAAUGCAUUGUCUUGCUCGAAGACAUUGAUUCGGCUGGAAUCGGUCGCGAAAAGCCACACAAAAUUAACGAGAGGACGCGAACAGGGGAGAUUGAUGGAGGUAGUAGGCAGUACCUGGGUGCUGUGGAUACGGACAUGCGUGAUGACUUCUUUUCUCGAUCAGGUAGUUCUCGCAUCACGCUGAGCGGUCUCUUAAAUGCGCUUGACGGUGCCAGUGCGAGCGAAGGUCGCAUAGUAAUCAUGACAUCAAAUAGUCCCGAGGUACUCGACAGUGCACUUAUACGGCCUGGCCGAGUUGACAAGCACAUCCUCUUGCCUGCCAUGUCACGGUCUUCGGCCGAGAGGAUGUUCUCCCGUAUGUACAAGCACACUGGCAAGAAAGAUUUGAAAAAUUUGGCCUCAGAAUUUGCGUCACGACUUCCAGACGGCAAAAUAACACCAGCUGAGCUUCAAGGUUUUAUCCUCACACACAAGGACCAUCCAAACAAGGCUGUGGAGGAAGUGGCGACAUGGUCAAUAGGUGUAGUCGAGGAUAAGGAGACGGAAGGUGGGGAAAGAGGACCGAAGUCGACAGCAAAAGAGGUUUCAAGAGCAAUGGAGUUCGGGAGCGGAUCUAAUUCACCAACAACUGCUGAACUGCUGCACAUGCGAUUGCCAAAAAAACUUUCGAAUGGCUGGUAUGGGAAUUCACACCCGGUGAGUAGCGCGUCAACGACGUCAAUUCAAAGAAGCAGCGUACAUCAGAAGAGCGUGAAGCGUGGCAAAAGAGCAUUUAAGAAAUUAAAACUCGAUGAGCGCUUGGUCGUGAAAAGAGAGCGUAUUGAAGAUUGUUGGGAGUCUGUCGACUAGCCUUGGAUUGACGAACAGCAUGAGUUGAACAUACACAUAUGUAAAUCGAAAUUGGGAUCAUCCACUAUAAGUAGCAUACG